AUGAGCCCUGUGUCCAGCAAGGAAGAGCUACUGUGCAAGAGUGUGUCUCCACUAUGCUGUUUUUCAGAAGAAUAUGAGGAACAGUACUCGGAGGCCAGACUCCUGGGGCAGACCUUCCGCUCUUCUGAUGAGGCCCCUAAGCCUACUCCCAGCCCAAGGCCCCAGUCUGCCAAGCGCCUGGAGUUUAUAUUGAUGCCUGCAAAACGGCAGCUGAGCCUGGAUGAGAUCACGACCCAGGGUGUGAGGGCCCCUGAGCCCUGCCUGAGCCUGUCUACAGCCGACAAGCAAACUGCCUGGAAUGACCCUUUCCCUCUACCCAUCCUAAAGGAGAAGCGUUGGCUUCAGCCCUGCUCCACGCAGUCUGACCUUGUGCCCAUCAACAUCUCUGGGCAGCAGUUUGAUAGACAUGCAAGUUUUCGACACUCGUUGUUUAACACAGAGACAGCCGUGAACCCCAAGUCCACCCUGAGGCGGAGGCGGACCAUUAUUGGAUUCUCUAACUUUUCUCAGCGAGACCCAGGUCACAGCAACAGCCCAGCAGGCAGCCUGGCCUGCUCUGCCACCUCAGACAUCAGGCCUGGCCACUCAGCUCCACAAGUUGUUCAGGGAAGAGUUGCUAUUGGACAAGAAGCUCGGUUCCCAAGUCUCACCUCUCCAGGACUGAGACACUCUUCUAGUAAGCCUACAGACCCUCACCAGGCACGUAGUGGCCCAGACCCUCCUGGCAUGGAGAGCAUGGCAAUGAUGUACAAUAUCCCCAGUUCUUGCAAUGGACCAACAGAGUCAACGUUCUCUGCUUCCUGGAAGGGAGAUGCUUUCACGUACAUGACUCCAAGUGCUAGCAGCCAGGGCAAUCAAGCCAGUGAAGAUGGAAAAAACCCUUCCUCUGGGAAUUCUUGGGUCUCUCUGAACACACUCCCACCUCUGGUCUCUAAGGAGGCGGCUACUCUCUUUGUCACCCGGGAAAACCCAGCAGGAUACACUGGGCUACCCAGCUACUCUGAGCACCCCACUCAACGAAGGCAAAUACCAGAAAGACCUCCCAAGAUUGGCCUUCUGGCUCAUGGUACCCCAAGACUGGAAACAGGCCCAGGCGGGAACAACAGAUUCCGGGAGCGGUCACUGUCUGUGCCCACAGACUCAGGUGUCACCUCAGUGGACUAUGAUGAAGAACAGAAGGCUAGGGAGGCCUGCAUCCUGCCUUAUGCAAGUACAAGCUCUGAAGGCAGUAACAGUACUGACAACAUUGCAGCGCUCAGCACUGAGCAGGAGGUGCGUCACAGAAGGCAAAGAUCGAAAAGUAUUUCACUCAAGAAGGCCAAAAAGAAGCCCUCUCCACCCAUGCGAAGUGUCUCACUACUCAAAGAUGAACCAGUCCUCCCACCAGAAGGUAAAUUGGUACUGCCCAAGGACCAAAGGCCCAGGAGCCUUUGCCUCUCCUUGGAACACCAAGGGCACCAUUCAUCUCACCCAGAUGUUCAAGGUCACCCACCUGUGCCAAUUCUCAAAGAUCCAGAAGGUACACAGUUCUCUCACCACUGGUAUCUUACUGACUGGAAGUCUGGUGACACCUACCAAUCCCUGUCCAGCUCCAGCACUGCCACCGGCACCACAGUCAUUGAGUGCACUCAAGUUCAGGGAAGCUCAGAGUCUCUGGCCUCCCCUUCCACCUCCAGAGCGACAACACCCUCCCAGCUCUCUAUUGAGGUGGAAGCCAGGGAAGUAACCUCCCCUGGAAGGCCCACUGGACUGAUGUCUCCUUCCAGUGGCUCCCCCAGCCAGUCAGAGACACCCACACCCACUGUCUCCAUGUCCUUGACCCUGGGCCACUUACCCCCUCCAAGCACCAGUGUCCGAGUACGUCCAGUGGUACCAGAAAGGAAGUCAUCACUGCCCCCAACAUCACCAAUGGAGAAAAUCUGCAAGUCACGGUUAUCGUUUGACCUACCACUGAGCUCUUCAACCACCCUGGAUCUGUCAGGGAUGAGUAUCUCCAUCCGCAGCAAAACCAAGGUUAGCCGACAUCACUCUGAUACCAAUUUUGGGGCCAAACUGGCACAGAAAACUAGUCCAACCCAGCCAAUAAUGCCCAUGGUUACUCAGUCUGACCUUCGUUCUGUUCGCCUGAGGUCAGUUAGCAAGUCUGAGCCAGAAGAUGACAUUGAGAGCCCGGAUUACACUGAAGAACCUGGAGCAGAAGAAGUCUUCACCUUGCCAGAGAGAAAAGUGAAGCCUCCCAUAGCUGAGAAACCUCCACUGGCCCGAAGGCCUCCAAGUUUGGUUCACAGGCCGCCCUCUCUCCCUGAAGAGUAUCCACUAACUUCUCCUACUAAGGCUAUGACACCCAGGAGCUCCGUUCCACACAUGAAGCAGCUCCCCCAAGACAGCUAUACAGUGUUGCGGAAACCAAAGUCACCCAGCUUCCCCAGUGGCAGGAGCCCUGGGGAGUCAACAGUGCCUUCCACCCUCAUCUUCACACCUCUUGCCAGUUCCUCUGGUGCUUUCUUCUCAGGAACACAGCAACCUCCCCAGGCCAGUGUAGAAGAUGGGGGCCCCAAGGUGAGAGCCCUACCUGAAAGAAUCAGCCUUCAGAGCCAGGAAGAAGCUGAGAAAAAGAUCAGCAAGAUUCCACCUCCAGUACCAAAAAAGCCCAGUGUGCUCUACCUGCCUCUCACCUCCCCUGUAGCUCAAAUGGAUGCCUGCAUGGCAGAACCACGGCUGCCUUUCAGCCCCAUCAUCACCCUGGAGAAAGAUGCCAAGUGUCCCUCCACUGGCGAUGACCUGAAGUCACCUAGUAAAGGGGUGACUUCGGCUCUUCAUGUUGACAGUGAAAAGGAGGCCAUCUCUCCAGGGAGGUCUGUAGAACCAAGCACCGAAGAAAAAAGUCUAAUCAGUGAUAAAACAGCCGAAUGGAUCUCGGAGGAGGAUGAUGACGUGUUUGUGGCUUCUCGAACAACAGAAGAUUUAUUUACUGUGAUACACAGGUCCAAAAGAAAGCUACUGGGCUGGAAAGAGACUGGGGAGGGCUUCACAGGCAGCAGAGCCAGGACACAUUCACCAGUGAAGAAUACAGCUGAUUCUCCCACCAGUGAGUCUGCUGCUGCCACAGGGCCAAGUGGCAGUGCCUGCCUAGAUGCUGGCAGAAAUGAUGAUUUCAAGGCCUUGCUCCAGAAGAAGGGAAGUAAGGCAACUCCUAGGACCCGCGCCUCAGCGGCCGAGCUGCUGAAGACCACUAACCCUCUGGCUCGAAGAAUCAUUACACAGACC